AUGCACAUCCCCGUCGCUUUCCGCGCCUUGGCCUCCGCGGCCCUCUUCACGCCCUGGGACAAGAGCCAAUGGAUCGCCUCCGACGAUACGGUCCGCAACGGCGCGAGUCAUUCCACCCUCGACAUCAUCGAAGCCGGCGCGGCCGGCAACCCGUUCGCGCAGUCAAUUGCAAACUUCCACGGCAACCUCGACUACGCGACGCUCGGCGGCGCGGGCUUCGCGUCCCAGCGCACCGUCGACGACUGGCCGAGCCUCGACAUCUCGGCGUACGACACCAUCACCCUCGAGAUCCCGUUCACGGACGGCAAGAAGUACACGUUCAAUCUGAAGGAUACGGUGCCGCCGCCCGUGAAUGGCGUGGAGCAGUCUGGCGUCAGCUGGGAGUUUGACUUCCAGAUCCCGGCGGUGAAUCACACGGACGGCGCGGUCGAGAAGGUGGUGAUGCCGUUUAGCGCGUUUGUGCCUACUUUCCGCGGACGGGUUCAGAAUGAUACUGCGCCGCUGAAUUUGACGAGCAUUAAGAGGGUCAACUUCAUGAUUCGAAGUUUCUUUGCUGAGCAGGAUGGGGAUUUCGAGCUGCACAUCAAGUCUGCGAUUGCUUCGAAGGAGGAAAGCAAGUAA